CGCACUGUGAACAAGCGACCUGCCAGGACGUCAAAAAUACUUUCAAAAAGUCCCAUAAAUUCAAGUGGCUAUAUCUGCGAGAUACAGAAAAGCAACCCGUCGCGUUUUUUUAUUAUCUCGGGGAAAUCGCUAAGAAGCUGUUUGUGUGUGAUCCGCGGAGGAAUAUGAUCUGCAUGAGUUAACCUAUAUUUAGUCUGCAUGCCUUAUCGACUCAUUUGCACCUCCUGCGACGCGUUUUAAUCAGUCACACAAUCGGGUAAUGUAGACUUUUCAAGUCUUGUUCUUGUAGUCUUGUUCAAUAGCCUAGUUGGAGAGUUUCUCAUGCAACUGAAGACGCAAACCAAAGCGUGUUUGAUUGCUGGAGGAGAGGGCGUUCUUUAGUUAGGAGUGCCCAUCUCCCCGACUGGACUGGCGAGUGUCACAGAGAGACCGAGGGACCUGCGGAGCGAGACGGCGGGGAAAGAGAACGUGAAGGCGCACAUUCAACAUGACCCUGGGCACGGAUAUGUCCGACAGCUCAGCAUUGUCAGAUGAUGUGGAUAUAGACGUGGUCGGUGGAGACAUAGCUGUCGGUAAGGACGGAAAGUAUCUACACCACCACAGUUUCCACUUGGACAAUGACUCGGACGACAAUCUGUCUCAAAAUGCGGGCGAAGGAGCCUCCUCGCCCAGCCACAGCAACUUGGACUGUCCGCAAGACCGUGGAGGCGUCGGAGGGGACGUGGGUGCCGGGGACAUGACAGCCGAAAAGCCCAGUAAGAACACUCUUGUCAAACCUCCCUACUCCUAUAUUGCUCUGAUCACAAUGUCUAUCCUCCAGAGCCCAAAGAAACGGUUGACUCUGAGCGAGAUCUGUGAGUUCAUCAGCAACAGGUUUCCUUACUACAGGGAGAAAUUCCCCGCGUGGCAGAACUCAAUUCGCCACAAUCUCUCGUUAAACGAUUGCUUUGUGAAAAUUCCGCGGGAGCCCGGAAACCCGGGCAAGGGCAAUUACUGGACCCUCGACCCGGACUCCGCAGACAUGUUCGACAACGGGAGUUUUCUACGCAGGAGGAAGCGCUUCAAGCGCCACCAAGCCAACGAGAUUCUCAGGGAAGCGGGCGGCUUCUUGCCAGGGUUCGGCUACGGCCCAUAUGGCUACAAUUACGGUCUGCAGCUGCAGAACUUCCACGCUCACCAUCCCUAUCACCCUCACCACCCCGCAGGCACUUUCCCUUUCCAAAAUGCACCUUGUGCUCUCCCUUCCCCAGCCUCCAUAUUCUCCACGCCACAUACCCUUCCCUCGCUUCUGGGGGCCGAACUGAGAAAGCCAUUUUACCCCCAGCUAAGCCCGACACUGCCCGGACUCCCCCCGCUCAAAACGGACAGCAGCGCGCCCCCUCGGCCGUCCUUCUCCAUAGACAACAUCAUAGGUGCCACCACCAACCCUCCGGCCUUGCCAUACAAUGCGCAACCGGGCAGUCAGACUCAAAUCCUGGCCAUGCUUACUCCCUCGCUCGCAUCGGCUUCCAACCACUUGAAUCUCGGACAGGAAAGUGUGUUACAGCCAACUGCACAAUCUUUUGCCAGCAAAACUACAGCUAUGAACAAUUGCCAUUUCUAAAAACUGGGGGUCAUCCUCCCAAAAGCACAGAGUUCCUUUAAUUCCAUUCUGGUAUUGUCGUCAUUUGUUAAGGUAGGAUAAAAUAUUCUUUGCGUAACUGACUUUUUUAUUCUCCACUCCUAAAAUAAUAUAAGAGAAAAGCAAAUGACCACAGUUGGCUACUUAUAUUUAUGAAUUUGUAUAUAUGUAAAUAGAAUUUAAAAAUCGAGUAAUAGGGAAACAUUGCUUAGACAAAGUAUAUGACACUUCGAAAAAAUAAAUUUGGAGCACACAGUCUCACCUUCUGUGGCCUGGGCCCUGCCUUAGCCCUAAGCGGAAGACCAGCUGUUUGACUACAUAACAAAUAGCCAAUAACUCCUGCUCUGAUGCCAUACACUUUCUUGCUGGCUGACAAAAAAAUGAAGUUUCUUUUUAUCGCUAUGUCAUUGUUUUAUAUUAUUAUGUGAGUUUGUGAAAAGCACUGUUAAAUACCGAGACUGAAUACUCAGGUUUUGAAAUUGUUUUGAAGCACAUUGCUGGAGACCGAGGGGAGUGUAAAUAUAUCACAGGCUAAAACAUUUCCCCCACUCGCCCCCUUUGUUCUUCACAUAGUGGUGUAUUUGUGAAUCUAUGAUUAUUAUAUUAUUUUAUUAUUUUGUCAAUAGGCAAUUACAUGUGGUUUGGUGUAAAUCGCAUUACCUCUCUCCUCUUUGACCGUUGUGCAUACGUUCCCUAGGCUAUUUCAUUGAAAGUAAUCUGUGAAAAAAAGUUAUGUGUAAAGAAAGACGAAACACUUAAUGUCCAUGGGUCAUUUUUGUUGUAACGACAAAAAUAAAUGUUUGUGAAAUUUUA